AUGCGCACCUUGAUUCUCUACCGCUUGUGUUCGAUCCCGACCAUGAGUAUUUCGCUAAUGGAAACGCACGACUACCACAGAGUUCCAGGCCACGCUGGGCAGGAAAGAAGCACACUUGAGCAUGGACGUUUCACAGACACUGCAGCGACAGACGAGAGCCUUCCGCUUGAGGAAGAGCAACCCAGGUCCAGCAUACAAUUAGACAACGCCGCGGACGAUACUCACUCAGUUCCAGACCAGCUUCAGCAGGAAACAAGUGCAGCUGCAAACGAACAUGUUACCGCGAAUGCAGCGACAGACGCACGCUCCGCGCAAGGCGAGGACCAAAUUGGGCCCCAUUUUGAGGCGGACGACGCUACGGAUAGAGAAGACAGCUCCAAGACCACGCUGAUGGCGAAGUCGUCCACUUCCAGCCAGACCUGGAAUCGCAAGGCUCUUUGGCUUUCUGUUUGGUGGAGAGCGUCUUUAGCCGCUCUGUUUCUAAUCAUGGCGACUGCAGCAUCGUUCAUCACAUUGGCUCCCUACCAAGGCCAUCCGCUGCCUCAUUGGCCGUACAACAUCACCAUCGGCGCCCUUCUGUCCGUAUAUUCUGUCGUACUCAGAGGUACAGCAACAUUCUUGCUUGCGGAAGGUCUCUCGCAUUUGAAAUGGCGCUGGUUCGGGAAACACGAGAGACCACUGCACGAUCUAUCCUUGCAUGACGAAGCUGCGCAAGGUCCUAUUGGUGCUGUAACGCUGCUCUGGAGACUUCGCUUUCUGCCGAGCACCUGGCAAUGGCUUGGAUGUUUACUCAUACCAGUUACUCUCUUGGUUGGACCUUUCACACAACAGGCCCUUCAAUACGUUUCCUGCAGUGUGCUGGCCGAUUCAUCCACUCCGCAAUACACAAUCCCGCGGAACUCUUUCUUUUUGUCUGGUGCCUAUCGUUACGACAGCUUCCAGCUCGACCUGGCACAGCAAGUCUCGAUUAAUACUGGAAUGUACAGCCCCAAUCACGUUGACGUAAAAUGCGAGACCGGAAACUGCACUUCGAAGUCAACAUACUCAUCCAUCGGGUUCUGUGCUAGAUGCAAGGAUAUCUCUUCCCGAGUCUCUGUUGAAUCGAAGGGGGUUCCAGGCGGCAUCGGGAACGCCACGACAUCACUUUCUACUGGGCUCACUGUGAACUUCACUCUCCAGAAUGUGGAGCUUGCCACUAUGGGAGAAAGACCUUACGACGAAGAAACACAAUACGGGUCUCUCGAUGUUCUAGUCGGAAUGCUCGGAGACGUAUACACAUAG